AUGUCUGACCAGGAAAUUGGUCUUGAGGCCCACCAUUUAUUCGACAAAGCACAGACUGUGGACCCGGAAGUUCGCGCCCACGUCUACAGUCUCGUCACAGCUCUCGGAGGCACUGAAGCAGAUGAGGCGGGUAGUUACGUGCUCGGCGAUGAUGCUUUGGCAUGUCUGCGCGAUCUCAAGCGCUGGCUCAAAUUAUAUGACGAGAAGAACAACCGACUUGAUGUUGCGCGUUGCCUGGCAGAAGCAAACCUUGUGAAUGGGGAUCUCCUACCUAUACUGGCAGCAUGGACAGAAGAUUCGAACAAUAACCGUGCAAAAGCCAGACUUGCGCUGGCAUGCUUGGAGCUGCUCGUCCCAUUGACGUGGCCGCUCGAGCACGCUGGAGGAAUGACCGUCAACCAUCAUCGGCACACGCCAUACAUACAACAAGCACACGUGCGGUACAAGGCUGGAACCCUCUGCUAUGGUAGAGCAAGUAUUCUUCGGACUAUCGUACGCAUUGGCCUGCCGUCAAUCGCGACCUCCAAGGAUGAUCGCACAUCGAGGGACGAAGGUAUCAUCAAAUUGAUGCUUUACUUCUUCAGAAACAUCUCGAUCAUCACCCCACUGCCGAAUCUGCCAAGCCAAGGUCUUGACGAUGAGAUCUCGAGAUCUGCCACGAUCGAAGCCUUCCGACAGCAGGACGUGUUCGCACUGCUUCUGACCAUGUGCUCCAACAUGGGCGAGGACUUCAAUCUCCAAGACGUAAUAGUACUGGAGAUCAUCUUCAAUCUCAUCAAAGGUGUUAAUGUGGAGAAGCUCUUCAUGAACGAGGAGCAGCGGAAAAUACAGAAAACAACAGAACUAAAGGACGUCUUAGGGAAGGAGAGGGCGAUGCACCGUGACUACGCCAAAAUUGCUCCAACGAGGCAUGGCAGAUUUGGUACAAUGAUCUGGGUGAAGCGUGAGGAUGAGAAGGUCUCUGCAAUAUCCGGUCAGGACAACCUGAAGGACGGCCGGAACUCUCUACUCAAGAUGGACAAAUCAAAGAAGUGGAGUAAACCACAGCAGAGAAGAAAGGAUCUUGAUCACUCCAUCUACGACUUUGAUCACUCCGUUCCACUGACUGCUGAUGCAAGUGAGCUUCUACGGAACUUCGUUGAAGAGUUUUUGGAUUCUGGGUUCAACCCACUCUUCACACAUCUUCGGAAAGCCAUCGAACGAGAAGCUGACCGACUGCUUGACAUCAACUACCGUCAAUUCUUCUACACCGUCUCUUGGUUCCUCCAAGCCGAGAAAUGCCGUCGAGCACGGCAGGAGAAGGACCGGAAGAAUCAAAAGGUCCAGACUGACUUCGAGGCAGAAAGCUAUGGUCUAGUUGCUGCAGUGCUGAACCAGGAGACAUUUAUCACUCUCAACCGAUAUAUGCAGACAAGCUUCGAUAACAAGGAAUGGCAGGAUCUGAAUGCUAGCAUGAGAUGCUUCACGCAGAUCCUGCUCACAGUCCAAGAGAUGGCGCAGUCUUCGUUGGAAGAGGACCAGGAAAUCGCGGACAACAUCCAAAAUCGAAUAUUCUAUGAAGAAACAACCCAUGAUAGGAUCGUUAAUAUUCUCAAAGGAUACAAAGAUCAGGGUUUCGGCUAUCUCGAUGCAUGUACCGAGCUCUCACACGUCUUCUUGCGUAUGCUGGAGCGAUACUCGAAAGAGAAUGCUGAUCUUCAGAUACGAUCUCGAAGAAGAGCACGGCGCAAGAAGAAAGAGCAGCAGACGACGCAGAAUGGAGAAAAUGAAGAAGCCGACGACGACGACGACGACGUCCGAUCCGAGAACGAAGACAUAGCAGAAGCAGCUCAAGUCUCACGAGAGCGCAAGUUCGACUUCACUCGUUUCGCCGCCAAAUUCACCUCUCAAAGCUCGGUCAACACCUUGGUAGCCUUCACUGCUUUCUACCGUGACCUGUCAAUCGACCAGCUCAAGCGAGCGCACCGAUUUUUCUACCGCGUCGCAUUCAAGCAAGAGCUCGCCGUACUUUUAUUUCGUGUCGACAUCAUCGCAUUAUUCUACCAACUCAUCAAAGGUCCAGAAGGACUAGAUCGAUCAAAUGCAAUGUACAAGGAAUGGGAUGAGCUGGUGCGACAGGUGCUGAAGAAGAUGUUCAAGAAGCUGGAACAGAGACCAGAGCUCAUUGUUGAGAUGUUGUUCAGCAAGAUCAGAGCAACGCUCUAUUACCUUGAGUAUGGUCAUGAGAGACAGACGGUGAGCUCGACGAGAACGCCGGCAGAAUUGGAAGUGAAGGCUGCCCCUGACAGGGAUGUUAACGAGCAAAUUGGAAUCGUAGUAGCAGCGCUGCUCAAGGAUGACAAGGAGAGUUUUGUACGGUGGGUGCUGGAAACAAUUGCGAAGGCCGCCGAUGAGCGGAAAGCUUGGGAUGCCGAGGCCACAGCUAGGAGGGAACUCUCUGGUAUUGCAACAGAACCUCACGAAGAGACCACCGCAGCGGAGAAGGGGGAUGAUAAGCCAGGGCCAAAAGCACCCUCUAUCGUGAUCCGACCUCCCACCGACGAAAUACGCACUGCCACAUUCAAGGACGCAAAGCUAAAACUGCUAAUGACACUAUCCGGGUUCGAGAGAUCAGGCGGCGAAGAAAAGGCAGAUGCAACAUGGAUUAUGCCAUCAGCGGUCAGCUCCACCAGCCUGGAAGAACUUCACAUCACCAUCGAGAAAUACCUCGGCACGAUGUGGACCGACCCCAGCGGUCAAGAGCCCGAGAAUUUUCUACGUCGCGUCAAGACAACAACAGCAGCAGCAUACGCCGAAGACGGCGAGCAAGAACCCCGUCGCGACGCCUUCAUCGACGACUCUGAAGGCUCCGACGACCUCCAGGAUUUCAUGUUCCCAGACAACGUGCGCUCGAAGUCUGAUGCGCUGACCCAGCUGAAGAAAAAGCACAAAAAGCCAAAGCUUAGAACAAAGAAUAACGUGGAGCCGCUUGCAGAGGAUGAGCUGGAUGAGCGUCGAAAGGCAAGAGAGCAGGCUGCGUUGGACAGGAGGAGGAAGAUCAAGAGUGAGCUUUACAUCCGGGACAGUGAUGAAGAGAUGGACGAAGAGGAGAAUAGGGCCUUCUUUGCAAGGGAAGAGGAGAAUCGCAGGAAGCAGGCUCAGAGGGUUAUGGCGGCUUUGAGUUUGGGGAGGACUGAGGAGGGUGCUGCUACGAAGAAGGAGAAGAAGAGGAAGUCGGAGAGUAUUGAGGAAGGGAAUGAGAAGAGGCGGAGGCGGAAUGACAGCGAGGAUGAGAGGAUGAGUGGGAUUGAGGAUGAGAUUGAGAUGAUGGAAGCAGAGUCAGCCUCCUCUCCACGCCACAGAGCUGCUACAUCCGACGAUGAGCUCGAUAUUGAGGAUACUCCCCUCUCUUCACAAAGUCAGGCUUCAAAUGCCGGGUCAGGCAAGGAUGUCGCUCUACGAGAAAUUGCGCCGCCAAGACUCAAUUCUUCGGCAAUGGCAAAAGGACAAGAGGCGGAUGACCGCGAUGACAGCGAUGACGAGUUGCCCGUGUUGGCCUCUCAGCGGCGGCGAGUGCGCGCCGGCUUUAUUCUUGAUGACAGUGAUGAAGACUAA